GAAGAAGAUUCUGAUGAGUACUUCUGUGGGAAUUGUAUGACAACAUUAAAGACCACUACAGCCCGAUUCAGGAUCCACCUCCGAGCUGCGGACACAACAAAUGCAGCUGACUUUGUUAUUAUGGAUCGAGUUGCCGAUCGAUUUUUUCGCAUAUCUGCUGAAAAACUUUUCCAAGACAACGAUCAAAUGAGAGGACCACCACCGGCUCAUCUCUUACAAAUUGAAGGGAUGAAGUUGAAGUUCUUCAUCAAGCUCACAGGUAACAAC